AUGCUUUGGAGCGCGGGCAAGUGGAAGCUUUCAAAUGGCUGUUGCAUCAACCCCACUCGAAGGAUCUUGCGUAUCGUGCUGCCCGUCACGAUCACAUUGGUUGGCAAUAAUCAUCCAGAGGUGGUGAAAUGGUAUGGGGAUCACUUCGGCAACCCGCGCAAGCGCAAGUACGCCAAACUUUGUUAA